AUGGGUCGCCGUGCUCUCUGUCACAUUAUCGACACUAUCAGCAUGUUAGUCGAGGAUUGGUAUCCUGGGCUGACUUCUGGUUUUUGUGAAAAUCAAGUGCUACAAAAGAUCCCCUGUUCGGAAUGCCACUCCCACAUUUUCACUUAUGACGAGUGUUUGCAAGUCCUGGCUGAUGGUGACGUUAUCGAGUGUCCCAACCACCCUGACUCCUUGGUUAAGCUAGCUAAUCUGAUCCCAGAUAUCUAUCUGUCAGAUCUUGAGAGGGACUCACUACACAACUACGGGGAAAUCGAGUACAAAGAGACAGCUGAGACCCGGCUUGGUGGGGGAGCUUUUGGAAGUGUGUACCGCGGGAUGUUGAGAGGACAGCCUGUAGCCGUUAAGACCUUCAACAGCUUCCCCAUGAAACCAGAAGCUCCAUACCUGGAACUGCGUCGUGAGGUUAACAUCCUCAAGAAAAUGGACAAUGUUUGCAUUGUCAAGAUGCUUGCUGUGAGUCUGAGACCUACGCAGUGCCUUGUCAUUGAAUUCGCUCCCUGUCAUGAUCUGGAACAUCAACUGAGCAGCCAAAACUCCCUUCCAAGACUCUUCCUGUACAAGGCAGUUCACCAAACAGCAUGCGCUCUAGCCUACCUUCACAAGCACACCGUAAUUUACAGAGACAUCAAACCUGCCAACAUCUUGGUAUUCUCCAUGGAAGUGGGCGUCACCCCCAACGUUAAGUUAUCCGACUAUGGGAUAGCAGGAACGGUAGGCAGUGGUGGAGUGAAGGGGUUUCACGGUACCCCCGGAUUCCAAGCUCCGGAGAUGCUUGUCUAUCAUGGACUGGAGGAGUACACUGAGGCUGUAGAUGUUUACUCUUUUGCUUUUCUACUUUACGAGGGGAUUUGUCGGAAGAAGGCAUAUACUGGUAUGCACAGGUUUGAUAUCAAUAAGAGUGUCGUUGCUAAUAUCAGACCUGCGGGCUAUAAGUCUAUCAGAAUGACAAGGUUUGGAAUGCGAAACUUGAAGAAAUUGAUGGAAGAAUGUUGGGCUCAAGAUCCUCUGAAGCGCCCUAAGAUGAAAGAUGUCGGCAAAAUGCUGAGUCACAUUGGCUACCAAAUGUUCUUGGGUCACACGAUGCCACCGAAUGCCAUCAGUGCACGAGCCACGUGCACUGUUUACAGUCAGCUUACACAAACGAUAUGGGUAGGAUCUUCUGAAGAUAAAACAUGCAAAAUCAUGCUGAUGAAAGGGAGCACCCUGGAUGUAGCGAUGCUUCAUGAUGGAGAUCUGGAACUAGGAUGCACUCUCAUAAGAGACAUAGUGGAGUAUAGAGAUAAAAUCGUAGUGUUAGCUACCUCCAAACAUUCCACAAAACUCUUCCGAUUCUGUAACGAAGAAGAGCCUGAGUUAGAAAGCAUGUCCGAGUGUCUGAGUUUUGGGAGCGGCCACCAGCACGUUCAGAACUGUCUCGCUUCCACCGACGACUUCAUAUUUGUAGGACACUGUCAUGGGUUUGUAACACGGACUAUACUGUACGAGCUCCAGGAGGUCGACAAACAGUUCAAGCUCCCCACCAAUGAUGAAGUUGUUAAGAUCCUAGAAAAUAGAUCUCGGAAUUUAGGCUGUACGGAGAGUACUGAGCAGAACGCGACUGGUAUUAAGCGGCUAAUGAAUAUGUCCAAAGUCGACGAGUUAGCUGUAGUUGAACUUAUCAUCAUGACAAGAUUUGAGCUUUUUGUAGUCUCCUCUGAUUUCAAAUCGAUAAAGCGUUACACAUUCACACAAGGUUUAGAUGAGGACGUCUGUGCUGUGAUCUCUAGAGACAAAGUUUUUUCUACCACGGUAAAUUCAACCUAUAUCCAGAUGUUUAACCUCAAGAAAGAGAGAGCAUCUAAGUUCGGGAUAGAUUUGAGAAGCGAUCAGAUCCAGCUGUCUGUAGACUGUAGGGACAUAAAAUGCACAUGUCUGGCUGCUACCAAGGAGGUACUCUGGGUCGGCACCAACCACGGAGCAGUCUUACUUUUCUCCACCAGGAAGAAACACAGUUUCCUUACUUACAUCCGACCGUGUGUUCGUGAAAUUCAGACUAUUUUACCGUAUAUGCCUAAAGACAAUCUCUUAGGAGAGGCAGUCUCGACUAUAGAAACUGAGCUGACCCGGAAAAGUUGCCCCGAACCGGCCAGGAGCUCGGAACCCCGGCAACUGAUCCACUCCAUGUCAUUCAACAGUCCAGUCCGGCAUAUCGACAACAGACACGACCUGUACAACUCCAACUACCAAGCAGGGGUAUUUGUGUGCGUGUGUGGGAUGGGCAGGUUCUCUGAAGCUUCUCACUUCCUCUCAGAUACGCCCCUUACUGAACAGGGCGACUAUCCUGAUGGAAUGUUCGCGGUGGUUCUGGAGGAACCCCCUGUUGAACACAUUAUGUCUUGUAAUCGGAUUUAUCAAGCCGGUGGAUUGUUGUAGUAUUAGUAUCUACAUUUUGGUGAUGUAGGUCGAGGUUGUUUUUGAUAAAAGUAGUAUAGUGCUCAUUUCAUUCAAAUGAUCGUCAAAUGUUCAAUUUUGAUGUUAAACAAUGUUGCUUGCGAUUGACCUCUACAUUUUGAACAAUAAAACUGUAAUGAACACUGUUUAGCUGUUAACAGAUUGAUAUAAAUUCCGUCGAUAAUAUUUCUUUUAUAACUAAAUAUUUUAAACUGUUAACUUUUUCCUGGUUUGAUUUUACAUUUUUGAAGAUGAUAAUAAUAUAGUUCUCUUAGCCUUAACAGAAAAAAUCACGUCAUUAAUACCCACAAAUCACAAUGCUGUCAUUCUCAUUAACAAUCUAAUAACACUCACGCAAACAUUGACUCUAAGUUAACGUGUGGUUGUAUUAUUCACGGAUUCGUUAAUAUAUACAACCUUUAAUACUAAUAGUUACAUAAAUACUAUUAUUUUUUGGUGUAAUUUCAAUACGAAUUCUCAUUUAUAUGUAAAAUAGUUCUUAGUCUUAGUGUGUUGAUAUGUACUUAAAAUAUUGAUUUUGACUAAACGGAUUUCAAUUUUUAAAUCGAAUGUGAUUGAUUUUGAUUGUUGAUGGAUAUAAGUUAACCGUUAACUCGGCUGCCAAUGCCAAUAAAUGUAUAUCAACGGAUGUUAUUAUUUUUGAAUAUUGACUCAUUUUUAUCGCUUGUGUAUGCUUGUUAAUGCUAUGUAGUCUUUUAUAAAGAAACCGAA